ACCGCCCAAACCCGGAAUUUUCAUUUGCGUGGAGUGAUCGAAGACGAUCUUGAGAGAAGGCAUUGCGAGAGUUACUAACCCAACAGCCCACCAACUUUCCCUUCGACCAUCUCCCACAUUGAUCGCAUAAUUCAAUCACAAUGGCGAUCAAGCACAACAACCAGAUCCAGAAGAACCACUUCCGCAAGGAUUGGCAACGCCGGGUCCGAACCCACUUCGACCAGGCUCCCCAGAAGAUCCGCCGCAGAGCUGCCCGUCAGACCAAGGCUGCCGCUCUGGCCCCCCGCCCCGUCGACAAGCUCCGCCCUGUUGUGCGAUGCCCUACCAUCAAGUACAACCGCCGCGUCCGUGCCGGCCGUGGUUUCACCCUGGCUGAGCUGAAGGCUGCUGGUAUCCCCAAGCUGUACGCCCCCACCAUCGGUAUCUCCGUCGACUCCCGCCGCAAGAACCUCAGCGAGGAGUCGCUCGCCGCCAACGUCGCCCGCCUCAAGGAGUACAAGGAGCGCCUCGUCGUCUUCCCCCGCAAGGCCGGUAAGCCCAAGGCUGGUGACAGCAAGGAGACCGAAGUCAGCAAGGCCGUCUCCUCUCUGUCCGCUGGUCUGCCCAUCACCCAGGCCAAGGGUGUCGUCGAGAUCAAGAAGAGCGACAUGCCCAAGGCCAUCGAGGGUGGUGCCUACGCCAAGCUCCGCAACGCCCGAAGUGUCCAAAGACACGCAGGUAUCCGGGAGAAGCGCGCCAAGGACAAGGCCGAGGCCGAGGCCAACAAGAAAUAAACGGAGAAAGGAAAACGGGUUUGUUCUGAGACGAGAGUUGAGUGAAUGCACGGGAGUACGGAUUAAGGCAUCUAUCAUCAUCGCAAUUUGGGCUCUGCUUUUUCUUCUCGUGCGUUGUAUGCCUUAUUCUCGCCCUCCAAGUCAGAGGGUCAAAGGCAGGCGGUCGGUCAUGGUCACAUCAACCAGGGAAUGGGUUGGUCUCAUGCCGUAUGUCAUCUAGAGAAGACGAAUGAAAAAGAUAAUUCAUCAUCUCUGGACAAAUGGGGACGAGAAUCUGAACGAAUUGAAACGAAUCAUACUGGCA